AGCUGAGCCCUGCCACUACUCAAUAAAAUGCCCGCAAAGACCGUGGUUUCGUCUUACACACAUAAGGCUCAACAUGCAUUCUUCCCAUACGCAAGGUACACCUCCAUCGUGGGCAUGCACACCAGCCUCGUAGCAUUCACAGCCCUCUUCCUACCCAGACAUCUAUCUCUUUUACUCUGGCCAUCGCUCGCAGAUUCCAACUGUCUAGAAACCCAAUUUAAAGACGCACUGACAGAUAACCCAGUCGUCACGCUCGCCUGGAUCGUCGCUGGAUUGGUAGUCCUCCAAGUAUGGUGGGCGGGGUGGAUCAGGCAUUGGUGUUUCGAGUAUACUUCUCGUGCUGUUUCGAGCGAUCAGAUUAAAGUGGAUAGGUAUCAGUUCAAUAGGGGGAGAUUCUCGAAAUCAGGGAGAGCGGCUGUCUUCACUUCGUGUGUAGCCUUGGUGUUCCAUGCAACUAUAGUAUUGUUCGGUGCUCCUUCUGCAAGCCACCUCCCUCAUACAUUCUUGCUGGCGAUCGUUCUAGCACUACUAUCUGUAUUCGCGCCAGCUUAUGCACUGGGUUACCCCUCGUUCUCUUCCGACACUUCGUCCUUCAUCACCAGACUUAACUGGGCACGUUUAUUCGCCGAGCUUUCUCCGCGAAAUCCGAUAGAAAGAGCUCUGGUUUAUCCCGCUGUCUCUCACUAUUUGGUGAAAUGUGUGCUUUGGCUGAUGCUGAUCCGGACACGCUCCUGAGACUUUGAGCUAUUUAUUAUAUGAACCCUUGUCGGGUUCUGCAUCAAGUCUACGUGUUCAUGCACUUAGUCCAGGCCAUUUUCCUAGAUGAUUCGGAAUCGACACUCGAGUCUCGCCAUGCUAGAACUGUCAGACUGGUAGCCUUCUUGAUUUCUUUUUGCGCUGGACCAUCGGAGGCCUCAUGCUCUUUGAGUUAUUGUUGAGUUUUGUGCACAUGAAUAUUCAGUACAUAUGACAGUACUCAGGCUGUGCACACUCUUUAGGAGC